GAGCUGAAACCGUUGUGCCACUUGGACGGCGUGGUUAUUCAGCUAAGCUAUAUAAAAAAACGCUACAUUUAACUGUGUCUACCUGCAGUUUCACGGAGAAUCUUAAAUCAGAUCGAGUUCAAUUAAAAACAGCAUUUGAGGAGGAUUAACUCACUGAUCCUGAGGGAUAAUAUAGAGAAAAAAAGACAUACUAUUUGUACUAUGAAUAGUCAAGAAGAAUGUCAGACAGACCUUCACCACUGCUUAGAGUGUGGAAAGAGUUUUUUUCAAGAGAAGGAUCUCACAGCACACCAGCUCAUCCACAGACAAGACAAACCACAUCAGUGCUCACAGUGUGAAAAGAGUUUCAAUUUUAAAUGUCUUCUCCAACAACAUCAGCGCAUUCAUACAGGAGAGAAGCCUUAUCAGUGCUCACAGUGUGGAAAAGGUUUUACUCAAGGAAGGUAUCUCGCAGCACACCAGCUCAUCCACAGCGAAGAUAAACCACAUCAGUGCUUAAAGUGUGGAAAGAGUUUCAUUUUUAAACAUCGUCUCCAACAACACCAGCGCACUCAUACACGAGAGAAGCGGCAUAAGUGCUCAAAGUGUGGAAAGAGUUUUGCUAAUUUGAAACAUUUGGAAUCACAUGAGUAUGCCCAUACAGGAGAGAAGCUGCAUCACUGCUCACAGUGUGGAAAGAGUUUCAUUCAUAAAAAGCGUCUCCAAGAUCAUCAACGCACUCAUGCAGGAAAGAAGGCGUAUCAAUGCUCACAGUGUGGAAAGAUUUUUGCUGACAUGAGAAAUUUAAAAGCACACGAGUACAUCCAUACAGGAGGGAAGCCGCAUCAGUGCUCACAAUGUGAAAAGAGUUUUGUUUACAUAAGAAAUUUGAAAGCACACCAACGCAUCCAUAAAGGGGAAAAGCCCUAUCUGUGCUUACUGUGUGGAAGAGGCUUUAUUAACAAGAGUCAUUUUCAACAGCAUCAACAGAUUCACACUGAAGACAAACCAUAUCACUGUUUACAGUGUGGGAAGAAUUUUUAUCAAAAGCAUUCUUUCCAGCAACAUCAGCGUAUUCACACUGGAGACAAACCGUAUCAUUGUUCUCAGUGUGGGAAGAGUUUUACUCAAAAGGGCGGGCUUCUGCAACAUCAGCGUAUUCACACUGGGGAGAAGCCAUAUUCCUGUUCAGAGUGUGAGAAGAGUUUUAGUAGUUUGGGCAAUUUACAACAACACCAGCGCAUUCACACUGGAGAGAGGCCGUAUUUCUGUUCCAUGUGUGGAAAGAAUUUUACUCAAUACAGCUAUUUAAAAACCCAUUUACACACGCAUAUUGUAGGCAGAUAAAAAAAGUUUUUUUUCAAGGUACAUGUCCUUGAGGGGAUGCACUACGUGAAAGACAUGGUGAGGACAUUGAUGGCCUGAUUGACUGACUAAUACAAUGCUGGGCUAAGGUUUGGAGAGUGUGAAUAAAUUAAAUAUGUUCUUUAAUAAAUGUACUGUAGUCUGCUCUGUCCUCCUCCAGUUCAGGGCUUCAAGAACCUAAAACAAUUGGAACUAUGGCAGCUUCCUCAGUCUGUUCUUGCUCUGUAGCUCCAAUUAACAUGAUACAUACUGUGAUGCAAUCUUAAGCUUAUUCCCACUGGCCCCUUUUUCCUAGCUUACCUCUGUUCCCUGGUUACUGGACCCUUUGCAAGUUCUCCAUCAGAACCAUAUAGAGGUGGAUAAUGCAGUAUUUAACCUGUUGCAUAAAGUUUACUCAAUCCUGGACCAUGGUCAGGAUUGUUGUUGUUGUUUUUUUUUUUUUUUUUUUUUACAUGUUUUGAAAUUAGCACCAGAUGUGUAAAAGCUUUAUGCACACAGACCAAUCUUAGAAAUGUGGAAACCGGCUGCAUGCUUUUGUCCUUAUUAGCCUGCUCUAAUCACAACUGUUUCAAGCUCCUAUAAUAGAGCUGUACAAGACUGUCAUAAUUGAAACGGGAUCCAAGAAAAUUCCAAAGUAAUGGAAGCAGUGUCAUGAGUGAUCGAGGCAAAAUUGCUUCCAUUAAGCACCUGAACAAGUAAUGGUUGAUUUAAAGAUGUGAGUUCAAUCUUGAAUUGGGAAGCCAUGGAGGAAAAGAUUUUGGCUUUCAUUUGGAGUUUUGGUCUUUAUUUGGAGUCGACUAGGGCAUGCAUGACAUAAGACUAAUUCUUUAUGGUCUAUAAAGCUGAUGACAAUCCUCUUGUUGGAGCUGAUUCUGGAUGUUGAUAAUGGUUGCUAAUUAAUUGAAUGCCUGCAGGUCAGAUGGGAGCUCUCGGCCUGGAUGAUCGUCCUUGAGUGAGUCAGAGAGACCGUGAAGGAAUGUGCUGGAAUGUGGGUGCUCACCCCAGCCACAAGAGGGAGUCAGAGUCUAAAAGUCGAUGGCAUAACCUGAGAUGGAGUGGGAUCCCUGGUGUAGCUUCAGCAUUAGGCUGUCUGCCUGAUACCCCAAUGAUUAGCGGUCAAAAACUUUCUUUAUUUCUUCAGUGAUUUUUUUAACAGGUGAAGCAGCAUGUAAUCAUCCCAUAAUGCUUUUCCCCAUUUCUGUGCUUUUCCAGUAGGGAGGGUAAUGAUGUAGGCCAGAUUGAAACAUUUUGUGGGGAAAUGAUGAAGCCUUCAGUUCAAGCAUGGGGGAACAUUGAGAAAGAUAAGAACAGAAUGCGGAAGAAUCCCCAACAUAAUAGAUACUGUGGGGAGUUAUGGUUCAUUACCAAAAGAGUGUACUGGAAGGAGUGAUUUCAGGGUCUCAGUGAUGGCUUGGAAGGUGUUGGUAAUCUGGCAGAUUUCACGAUUAGCCCAUGCUGGCUCCUUAUUUGGCCCGAUCAUACUACAGAUGUGGCCAUUAUUAAUGUGUGUAUUGAAGAACAGGAUCUGUGUUAUAAUGUGAACGGGAUAAUGUGGUAAUCUCUUUUAGAUGCCUGUUGACAGCAAGCGACAGAGCUCAUAAAUGUGUCAAGCUCAAACUGUAAAUACUGAUGUGUAGUUAUUCUUAAAUUUCUUCUCUCCUACUUUUGUAUCAAUAAUGAUUCUUCUU